CUGUAUACGAAGGUCGCUAUAGCUCCGCGUAAUUCAUCGAAUGUCGGGCAACGAAGGGAGUCGAACUUACACCCUAGUCCAUUGGCGCCUUACACGUUCUUUUUACAAUCCAUAUUGAUUACAUAUAAGCUUCGAGUUUUAUGUUUCUACAACCAGCUACAUAUCACCUGUACGCAUUAUUGCCAAACCCUGAAUUGUGAGACCCGACGCUGGACUGCAAAGCUUCCGUUUCAUUGCCUCAGCAUUGCCUAAAAUGAAACUGCCUACUAUAGUGAAUCAAUUCAAAGAUUAAAGAGCCAGGAUGGCUGCGCUGUGGGCGGACGCUUGCUCCUUUCGCUCAAAGAGCCGUAAAACUGCUUAAGGCCACAUUGCAAUUAUCAGGAAAUAUCCAAGAAACUGGAUGCAGGCGUACACCUACGUCCGCACACUUGGCGAGGGAGCAUAUGGCUCCGUGUGGGAGUGCACCGAGCAGGCGAGCGGGCAGGAGGUAGUCGUGAAGGUCAUUCGCCUGCCGGUCGCGGCCGCCGCCGGGGCAGCCGAUGAUGCGAUCCAUUCCCAGGCGCUGCGGGCUGCCCGGCGCGAGGUGCGGCUGCUCAAGGCGCUGCAGCACCCCCACCUGGUGCAACUGAGGAGCGCAUGGCGCCAGCCGCACCAGAGCCACGCGCCGCUCGCACCACAGCAGCAGCAGCAGCAACAGCUGCAGACAAUACUGACCAGUGCUGGUGGCUGCGGCGGCGGCAGUGGCGACCGCAUAUACAUGGUGCUCGACCACGCGGGCCGCAGCCUCGCAGACCUCCUGCGUGAACCAGAGGGCCCCGCCGCCGCCGCCGCCGCCGCCGCCGCCUCUGUGGCUGCCCCUGCGGCUGCGUCGGCCAGCCAGGCGCCGCACCCGCACCCGCACCAGCAGGGUGCUGGUGGCGGCGUUAAUGGUGGUGGCGUUAGUGGCGGUGGCGGCUGCGGGUUGGCGCCUGCUGCGUCGCGGCUGCGGGGCGCGGCGCACCAGCUGUUGCUGGCGGUAGCGCACCUGCACGCACACCAGGUGGUGCACUUGGACAUCAAGCCGCAGAACGUGAUGAUGGACGGCCAAGGGGUGGUGCGACUGGGAGGCCUGGGCUCGGCCCGGCGACUGCUGCUACUGCCGACGCCACGAAACAGCAGUUGCAACAGCAGCGGCAGUAGCAAUGGCCGAGAGGCCCGCGCGGCGGCAGUGGCAGCAGCGGGAGGCAGCGGGAGCCCCCUGCUGGCGCCGAGCGGAGGCAGUAGCAGCAGCAGCAGCAGCGGCAACAGCAGCAAGAGCAACAGCGGCGGCUGUAGCACAGCUGCCGCGGUGGCAUUGGUAGCAGAUGAACCAGCGGCUGAGGCUGCGGCUUCUGCCGCUGCCCCUGCUGCUGCUGCUCUUGCCGCUCUUGCUGCGCCGUACGUUGUCACUCGCUGGUACCGGCCGCCGGAGAUCCUGGUGGCCUCCCCCUCCGGCUACGGCACGCCCGCCGACGUGUGGUCGUACGGCUGCACGCUGGCGGAGCUGGCCACCGGGACGCCGCUGUUCCCGGGCCGUGACGCCGCCGACCAGCUCUCCCUCAUUGUCGCCGCCUGCGGCGCCCUGCCGCUGGGCCUGCUGCCGCCGGGCCGGCUGGCGCCGCCGGGCGGCAGGGGCCCCGGGACCGCUGCCACGGGCACUGCAGCCGGCGACGGCAGCGGCGUUGGUGGCGACGACGGCCAGCCUGGGCCUGCGACUGGGGCGUCGCGGCUCGGGUGCUCGCUGCCACUGGCUCAGCGGCUCCGGGGCUUGGAACCGGAGCUGGCAGACCUGCUGGGGCGCUGCCUCCGCCUUGACCCCUCCGCCCGCCCCUCCGCCGCUGAGCUGCUGGCACACCCCUACUUCGCGGGCUGUAGCUGUGGCUGUGGCUGUAGCUGUGGCACGGCGGAGCCGACGCCCAUACCACUGCCCGCCACACGGGCAGCGGCUGCGGGUGUUGUGUACGGGCGUGGUCCCGCCGGUCUGGGUCUGGGCCAAGAGGGCAGCUGUUGUCGUCAGGGAGAUGGGGUGGACGUGAAUGGUGGGUGCGAUUGUGAUGAGCCGCCGCCGCCGCCGCCGCGGGUCCUUGCAAGCUUCAGCAGCAAGGCUAAGCCGCGCAUCAUCGCAACAGCCAGCGCCAGCGCCGCCGGCAGCAGGCACCAUGAGAGGCACCACAGCAGCAGCGCCAGCCACUGCACUGUGCGCCUGCGCGCCGCCGCCGGGCCCGCAGGCGGCCUGCUGCUGGACACCCCAGGUGCCGGCGGCGCACGUGGUGACGGCUCCAUGCCGGCGGCGGCUGCAGCGGCUGCAGCGGCUGCAGCGGCGACAGGAGGAGAGGCGUCGGUGGCGGGCGCUGCAGGUGGCGUUGGAGCAGUGGCGGCGGCGGUGGCGGCGCAGGCGCCCGAGCUCUGGCUGCAUGGCGCGCCCGCCGGCGGCGCCCACAGCACCGGCAGGGCCGGCGGCGCCCACGAUGGCGCAUGCGGAGAAGCGGUGGACACGGGCAGCUGCGAUGGCGCAGGCAACGGCGCAGCCGCCAUUCGUAGCAGCGGCGGCGGUGGCGGUGGCGGCGGUGGUGGGGACCUGGCGGCGGCGGUUGUGGCGGCGCUGCGGCGUGGUGACACAGCCAGGCUGCAGGGCCGGGUGUUGGCGGCGGCGGUCCUGUCGUCGGCCGCCAUCGGCAUCAGCACCGGCGGCGGUGCUGCAGCUUCAGCGGGCGGAGCGUCGCCAAGCCACAACAGCCCGGCGGCGGAGGCCGCCGCCGUCGCCGGCGGCGGCUGGGCCGAUGCACUGCCUGACGUGGCGGCGGCGGAGGCAGCCAUGGUGGCGGCGGUGAAGGCGGCGGUGGCGGCGGCGGGCGAGGAGUGCGCGGCGGGGCCGGGGGCGAGCGUGUUGCACAUGUCAGCGCCGGCGGGGGCGACGCAGCCGUCGCCGGCGGCGGCGGGCGAGUACGCUGACGUGGUCGCGGGGCUGCGGCCUGCGGGCCUCAGCGCGCAGGAGUUUGUCAAGCCGCCGAAGGACGGCGACCGCCGCAGCGGUGCCAGUAAUUAUGAUCAGAAGCAGAAGCAGCGGCAGCAGCAGCCAGCAGGGACGGGCAUGGAGGAGGCGGAGCGUGUGGCGGCGGCGUUGGUGCGCAGCCUGCCUGAUGCCGCCGCGCUGCCGCCGCUGGGCAGCCUUCGGUAUUGCGAGACGCCGCCUGCCAGCAGCAUCGCAGCAGCUGCCGCCGCCGCCAUGCCACAGCCCACCGUCAUGACGAGCGGCACGCCCGCUGCUGCUGCCGCUACUGCGAGCAAUGAUCUUCCUCCCGCCGCAGCCGCCGCUGCCGCAGCCGCUGCUGGUGGCCCUGACGGCAGCAAAAGCAGCCGCACAGUCUGCAGCCUCGGCGGGGCGUCGCCGCUGCCUGCGCCGCCAGUGCCGCUGCUGAUGGCGUCGGGGGCGUGGGCCAGCAGCAGCGGGCAGCUAUCGCUGCUGCUGCGGCCGCCUUGCUCGCAGCCGCAGCAGGUGGGUGCCGUGAGCUGUAGCAGCGCACGUGGCACAGGCCGCAAGAGUAGGGAGAUGUCAGCUACUGCCGCCGCCGCGGCUGCUGCUGCCGUGUUUGAGAGCUUCUACUCAAGAGGGGAGGCCGAGGCAGGGGAGGCCGCCGUGGGGCUGGUCAAGCGGGGCGUCGCGCCAGAGAUGGAUGCUACUGCCAUGGCAGCUGUUUUGGACCCGGCAGUAGCCGCUGCCGGUGAUGAUGCGUCCGCAACAGCCGGCGCCGCCGGCCUCGACAAUGACAGCAGCGGGCCUACUGCUGCUGCUGCCGCUGCUGUUGCUGCGGAGGCGACGCCAUCUGGCAACAACAUUGUCAACGUGCGAGCGCGCACACGCCGGCACAAGGCGUUCCGCCUUAUCACGCUGCUAAAGCAGGCUCGCGGCAGCAACGGCAAGGCGCCGGGCGGCGGCGGCGGCAACAGCGGAAGCGGUAGCGGAAGCCUGCUGACGGCGGCGGCUGGCGCGUCCAGCAGCAGCAGUAGCAGCAGCAGCUACGUAGGCUGUGUUGUUGGCGUGAAGGCGGCCGGCGCCGCUGCAGGCAUCGCCGCGGCCGCGGCCAGCAACGGCGGCCUGGGCAGCUGCGGCGGAAACAUGAGAACCGGCAGUCAGUCCCUGUUCGCCAGCAGGCUCAGCACGCGCUUCGGCUUGCACACAACACCUGUCGCCAUAGUCGCCAACACCAACAUCAACAGUCAUGCACAAGCCGACUUCGCCACCGCCGCGGCUAAUAACUCAACAGCAAGCCACGGCGCACAACAAACCCAAACACAACCUGCUACUGCUGCAGCCGCUGUUGCUGCUGCACAGCAGCUCGGACGGCUUGCGCCCCUGCUUGCACCUACUGCCACGGCCCUUGCCGCGGCGACGCAGCCGCAGGGCCGCGGCCACAGCUUUACCGCAACUGCACUAGUGCCGGACAGCCUGCAAGUGCAGCUAUUGCAGUUGCUUCCCGACUCGGUACCUGACACAACCGGCCUGCACCAGCACCAUCGGCACCAGCAGCAGCACCAGCAGCAGGGCGCGGCCGGCGCCGCCGGCGGUGUGUCGUCAGUCGCCACAGACGCGUUCGUCAGCGGCAGCUGCCCGCCCGUAUCUGCGGGCGCCGCCGCCGCCAACCCACCAGCGGCCGCCGUAGCAGUCCAGCAGCUGCUGAACGCAACCGCAGGCGGCGCAGCAGCGGCAGCAGCAAACGUGUGGAGCGGGGUAGCCUCAGGAGCGGCAGCAGCAGAAGCGGCAGUAGCGGCGCCACCCGCUGCCACCCGCGCGGGAGGCGCCGCGGCGGCUGCAGCGCCCGCUGCUACAGCAGAUGCCACAGCUGCAGCCGCAGCCGCUGCUACAGCCACCGCGGUGUCGGUGUUGGAACUGGUGCGGCGCAAGGUGGGCGACCCUGCUACUGGCACGAUCGCCGUGCCCCGCCGCCUGCCGCCACCGUCACUGCCAGAGAGCACGGCUACAGAAGACCCGCCGCCGCCGCCGCAGCCGCAGCAGCAGCAGCAGCAGCAGCCCGAGCUCGGUUCACAUGCAGGCGCUGGCGCUGGCGAUGCUGCAGUGGAGCGCAAUGGGAGGGAGGGCAUGGAGCCUGCAGCAGUGGCAGCAGACGCACACGUACCUGCAGCAGCAGCAUUGCAGCCACCACGACCACCACCAGCACCAGCACCGCAAUCGCACCCCGCGGCCCUGCCCAGCAGCAGCAGCGGCCGCCAACACCGCCGCGACAGCUCCUCGCAACUGCCCACGCCCGACUCCGUGCCACGUUGGAACCGGUUGCCUUCAGCACUGCCGAUCACGUGGGAGCGCAGCCGCACGUUCGGGCUGCUCGGUGGCGGCGGCGCCGAGGGCACAGCCGGAGGCGGCGGCGGUGAUGGAGGAGACGGCGGCGGCCCAGCAGUGGCCGCAGCGGCAGCUGGCAUGCCAGCGGCAGGCGCCCCAGCUGCACCGCCAAUUGCUGAUGCAGUGGCAGCGGCAGCGGGAGCACAGGUGUCGGGCUUUCCGACGCUGAUGUGGCGGACCAGCGGUGGCGGCGGCGUUGUACGGGGCUGCCAAGUGGGCCCCGCAUCCCUGCUCCUCGACACGAAUGCCAGCGGUGAGCAGCUGUCGGCGGAGGCUGCCGCCGCCGCUGCCGCCACGGUGGCGGCGGCGCGGCGGCAUGUGGCCGACGGCGACUCCUGGGGCGCCUGCUGCUGCCACUGGGAGGAGGAGGAGGAGGAGGAGGAGGAGGAGGAGGCACACAGCGGCAGUUGCUGCAGCCGACUGCCCGCCGCCGCAUUCUUGGCCGCGACCCGAAACGCCGCUGUCAACUACACCCACAACAAGAUCACGUUUGGAGCUGCUGGCGGCGGCAUCAGCAGCCGUCGCGACGGCUUGCUACAGCUUCCGGCCAUCCUGCACCUCACCGUGGACUCUGGUGCCUCUGACCUGCGCCGCCGGCUUCACCGGCAGCCGCUGCCUGCUGCUGGCGGCUGUAGCACCGUGGUGGCGGCGCCGGCGGCUGAUCCGCGUGUGCAGGAGGCGGCGGGCGGCGGCGGCUGUAGCAACCCCAGGCCGCGCCGCAACCACAGCGGUUGGUCCCGCGGUGCAAGGCCUGCUGCGCAGACAUCUCCGGCAUGGCAGCUGCUGCAGCCGUCAGCUACAGCCACCGCUGCAGACGACGGUGCUACAGCCGCCGCUGCCGCCGUAGACGUCUCUGUCGCGGCCCCGUUCGUACACCUGGUCUCUCAGGUGCUGGAAGGCGGCACGUCUGCAGGCGGUGCUGCUGCUGCCACCGCCGCCGCGGCACAUGCGUCAGCAGCAGUAGCAGUAGCAGCAGCAGCGCCCGGCGUGGGCGUGGCCGCGCCUGCAGACGCCCGCAAGGAGGCCACACCUGUUGUGGAAGACAGGAGCAGCAGCGAGGCUGCAGAGGCGUUCGCAGCUGUCCUUGAUGACGGCGCUACUGCCGUCUCUCCACGGCCCAUGGCAGUAGCCGCCGCUGGCAGGACUGCUACAGCCGCAAGGGCUCGGGCAGCGGUUGUGAUCAGAGCGGAGGCUGUCAGUCCUGCAGCGCUUGUGCGGGCUGCCGCCGCCACGCCGCGCCCGCCGGCGGCGGCUGUAGCAGCAGCAGCAGCAGCAGCAGCAGCAGCAGCAGCAGCAGCAGCAGCAGCAGCAGCAGCAGCAGCUGACAGUGAUGAGUUGCGCCAUUGGCCCCGAGCUACAGCCGCGUUGUUCGCCCUGCCGCUGCCCGCCGCUGCCGCGGCACCCGCCGCACCGGCACCCGCAUUUGCGGCGGUGGAGGCGUGGCUUGCAGACGAGGAGGCAGCCCGCGAGGCGCGGCACGUGCAGGCGGCGGCCGCCGAGGCCGCCGCCGCCGCCGCCGCCAGUUUGGCCGGCGCCCGCCCGCCGGUGGCCAAGGCGGCCGCCGCCCGCAGCACCGCUGGCAAGCUGAUGCGCCUGUGGCAGCGCGUGAAAUCUGCUUUGGCCUGACAGUCUGACUGACAAGCUAUGGAAAUACUCAACAGGUAUCAAGUUAUGCAACGCGCGGCUCACAAGGGUACAUACGCCGCAUGGCUUACUUGAGCUCAUGCUCUGAGUCAAGCGGCAGAGCACAACGUGCGGCAGGCAGGCGGUUCAUUGCAGAUGACGUGUGAAUGUUGAGAUGUGUGUGGGCAUUUACUACGAACGAGGGGCAACUGGCCGGAACGCACUUGGAAGCAGCAACACUACACAAAGCACGCACGAGCCUACACGCACGAGCCUACACGUGCGCCGGAUUAAGGACGUCUUGGGCUGCCUGUAUCCUGCUGGUUACAUCGGCUGGUUAGUGGAGAAUAAUGCGGUAUCGCUCGCACUUCCUAGAUCCCUUAAGGUGCGACAACAUUCAGAGGUAUGUCUUAGCAUGCAAUGGUAACAGUAGAUAACGGAACGCCUGGCUUUUGUGCUGGCUCACUUCGGGUUACGACAGUCCGCAGGGCUCCAUGCCGUAAGCGUGUGUUGCUGGCAUCGUCAAACACACACCUGUUGUGACGGCGGCAUACACAACGCUGGCAGACACCGAAUGCAGGCAGCGCAAAGGAAUGGAUCCAUAUUGGAUUUCAAAUGAUGAAGCAACGUUCUGCUGGCAUUCGCAUCAUACAGGCAUGGCCGUGUGAAGAAUGGGCUCGCGGGAUCACCGGGCCGCGCGGCACGUCAAUUGUCAAGCCGUUUUAUCAUCACUGUGUGUCGGUUCUUACGUUUGAGGCGCCUUGGGAGGGCUGCCGCUUGUUUGUUUGGUAGCUGGUACCGGGGUGGGGCUUGGUUUUGAUUGGGUCGUGGGAUUGAGCUGGUCAAUCCUCUUGAGCUGUGCAGUCCUGCGCAACAUCAUGCUUGCGAUGAUUGUAUGGACGGACACUGCAGCUGUCACAUAAUUCCUUGUGGCAUGCAUGCAGCAUGAUGCGCGUAGGACAUGCACGUUUAUUUAUACGGGUUCACCGUAAAUUGCUUGCUUUAUGGCUUGAGUCUGUUUGGUCCUUCCUUUCUUUCCCAAUGACACGCGUGUGUUGCAUGAGGUUUUACGGGAGCCGGCUUGUAGGCUCGGCACUGGAAUGGCAUUGCGCAUACGCAUGCAUGCAUUUUGGUACUGGUCAUGCGCACUGGUGCACUCUGGUUUUUGCGUACGAUGGUGCGCACCAAGGUCUUAAAGCAAGUUCGUGGCAUGUGGCCGACAGGAAGAACGAGCGCCGUGGGGGGGCCGGCCUAACGGGGACUUGACUUACUGGUCCGUUGCCUCAAUGCACGGAACAUCGGGGAGCACUGUGCGGCAUCAGCUGUAUCAGGGACGCGCUUCCCAUGCACGCGCCAUCACUGCUGAAGUGGGGGUGUGGGUUGACGGUGGGUAAACGGUGGGUCAACGGUGGGUCAACGGGCCUCUGAGGCCACCCAUGUCAGCAUGACACGGUGCAGUGUGGUGGUAAGGUUUGGUGGUUAGGUUGGUUUAGGGGGACCAGCAGCAGAGGUCAGGUCGUGACGUCAGGUCAGGCUGGCCCGCUUGAUGGGGCGGAGACGGCGCAAGUGCUGCUGAGGUCGCCUGCAGCGCUUGUGCGGAAGUGGGAAUUUGCGGUUAGGGGAGUGAGGGCAAAGAUGUUGAACGCCCGGCAGCAAACAAAUAAGCGUGUUGGGGGUGCCUAGGACGCCCGCUGUGAUAGUCGAACGCAUGACGGUCGUGUGACGCACCGAAGGCGCAUACAUCGUACACCGUUUACCCGACUAGCUGGUAGACCGACAAAACGGUUCAUGGCUUUGGCAGGCGUUCAUUUCAUUGUUGUCUUAGUGCCUUGCGGCGGUAAUGGGUGACCGUGUGUUGAGGCCGUACGUUUGGGACCCUGUGGGAGAGGGGGGGGGAUACCGGCCCAGUCGCGCUCGGUGUACAGGUCAUAGUGGAUAGGAGGAAAAGGAUGAAGGUGCGGCUGUGCCGGCGUAUGAACAACUGUAACCUUGUGGCAGC